AUGGCAGGAGCGUUUGGCUCGGCUGCAAGAGGAGGAGGAAGCAUUGUGGGCACCAACCACGGAGCAGCCGGAGCCCACGCAGCCGCUGGCAAGACAGCUACCGCCGACACCGCAGCCACCAUUGCCGUUGACGCCGCCGCCGCAGCCGCCGUUGCCGUUGACGCCGCCGCCACGGCAGCCGCCGCCGCCGACGCAGUCACCGCCACCGACACCACCACGGAUGACGGCGACGCGGUCACCGCCACCGACACCACCACGGAUGACGCCAGCGCAGGCGCCGCUGCCGACACCGCUGCGACCGCCACCGACACCACCACGGAUGACGGCGACGCAGUCACCGCCAUCCGACCACGGAUGACGCCAGCGCAGGCGCCGCUGCCGAAACCUCCGCGGCCGACGCCACCACGGCCGACGCGCACGCCGUCAACACCACCGCCGUAUGAUCGAUAG